AUGUCCGACAGAGCAGUGCUAAGCUUCGACAGUGACUCGUCGUCCAAUGAAACACGGUCUCAACAUCGUCCGUGUCCCAGACUGAUUCCUGACAAACUAACUGUUCACAACGAAACGAAUGAAUUAAUCCAUUAUCACUUCGUAAGUAAUUUUCCUCAUCUGAUAACGGUGGAGCCGGUAUGCUUUCGAGUGCAAGGCACAGACGAAAUUGAGGUUCAUAUCCAAAUAGUGCCAUCGCACCUCAAAGCAGACGAGGUUUUCUCUAUUAACGAAGCGGGGACGUUGAAGACAUACGCAUCCACAACAAACAUAUGCCCAGAUCGGAUGGGGUAUUUUUCGUCAGAAUUACUCCCUGACUCGUACCUGGUGCACACCUUCGCGCUACACAUAAACAAUGAGUGGUUGUUGAGCCAACUGUCGUCACGGGAUGUAAGCGACGACGUGGAGAACGUAGAGGAUUAUCUCGAUCUGGACUACAGCCAAAUGUACUCGGAUGUAAAUGUCGAUGAACAGCUCAACGAGUACAAACAGUACUACGACAACGACGAAGACAUUUUGUCGGAUGUGAUCAAAAAGAGACGUGUUAGCGACAUCGCCGAGUCAUUCUCUUCAUCCGUCGAGAACAUAUCGCUGGAAAUGAGAUGGACAGAAGAACAGGAUACAAGCCUAGCUUUGUCCGAACGACUCAGUGAGCUGGAGUGUUUACUUGAAAGCGAGGAUUCUCAAGAAUCAGAGGAGGAUUAG